AUGACGCCGAGCUUCAAGGUCCAUGUCUCUGGCCUCAAGCGGUCAAAGCUCGACAGUGUCACCGGAGUCCACGCAGAGCAGGAGAAGCUGAGACGUCUCUUCGAAGAGCAGGACUGCAGGGUGAAGAGCGUCAGCCUGAUGGUCGACAGCAGGUCGGGCAAGAGCAGGGGCUUCGCGUUCGUCGACUUCGAGGACGAGGGCUCCAUGCGUCGCGCCGAGUCGCUGGGCACCUUCCUCGAGGGCGCCCGGGGCCUCCAGGACGACCUGCAGGACAGGCACAGGGGCCUCGUGAGGGUCGAGAAGCACAACCCGAAAGAGGCCCCCACUCGAGCGCCCAGUCCAGACCCAGAGCCGCCGCGGCCCCCCCUGCCGCCCCCGCCCGCCCCCGACCCGGCACCCGCGGCGCCCCGUGGGGCCUCCGCGCCGCGGGCACCGCCGCCGCCCCCGAGCCGCCGGCUGCCCGCACGACCGAGCGAGGAGGUGAUGCCGCUCCCGAGCGAGGAGAGGAUGGCGCUCGCUUCGCGGGGUGCGCGUCCGGAGCUCGGAGCGCAGGCUCAUGCUGGCACUACGGCGGGCCUGUCCCUCUACGGGAGGAGUGUUCAAAAGAGUAGUCAACAUAUAGUCUGGGGAUGA